AUGGCGUGCGCCGCGGUGGCCAAGAACGCUGGAAGCACCUUCUCCGACCGGCACGCCCGCCUUCUCCUAGCUCAGAUCAACCGGCUGCGGGCCGGGGAGAGCUUCUGCGACGUGCGGCUGGAGGUGGGCCUGGAGGCUUUCGCCGUGCACCGGCUGGUGCUGGCGGCCAGUAGCCCCUACUUCGCGGCGCUCUUCGCGAGCGGCAUGAAGGAGUCUGGCCGGGACGUGGUGCGGAUCGCGGGCGUUGAGGCGGACACCUUCCAGACCCUCCUCGACUUUAUCUACACAGGAGUGGUGAGCAUCGGGGAGCACAACGUUCAGGAGCUGAUUGUCGCCGCCGACAUGCUGCAGCUCACCGAGGUGGUAGAGCUCUGCUGCGAGUUCCUGAAGGGGCAGAUCGACCCGCUGAACUGCAUCGGCCUCUUCCAGUUCUCCGAGCAGAUCGCCUGUCAUGACUUGAUGGAGUUCAGCGAGAGCUACAUCCAUGCACACUUCUUGGAGGUGCAGAGUGGGGAGGAGUUCCUGGCACUGACCAAAGAGCAGCUGGUGAAGAUCUUGCGAAGCGAGGACCUAAGCAUCGAGGACGAGUACCAGGUUUUCAUAGCGGCAAUGCAGUGGAUUUUGAAGGAUGUGGGGAAAAGGAAGAAAUACGUCGUAGAAGUACUGGAGCCCGUCCGAUUCCCUCUGCUACCAGCACAAAAGCUAUUAAAAUACAUAGAAAGUAUUCCAGAUUUCAGCCUUCGAGUGGCCCUGCAAACUCUCUUGAAAGAAUAUUGUGAAGUUUGUAAAUCUCCCAAAGAGAACAAGGUCAGCAGUUUUCUGCAAGCUUCUAAAGGUCGUCCCCGGAGGAAAGCCAGGAAAUACCUUUAUGCAGUAGGUGGGUACACCCGACUGCAAGGAGGGCGCUGGAGUGACAGUAGAGCCCUCAGCUGUGUGGAACGAUUUGACACCUUCAGCCACUACUGGACCACAGUGUCCUCUCUCCACCAGGCCCGGAGUGGACUGGGUGUGGCUGUGGUGGGAGGAAUGAUCUAUGCCAUUGGAGGUGAGGACAGUGCAAUGAUUUUUGACUGCACUGAACGUUAUGACCCUGUAACUAAACAGUGGACCACUGUGGCUUACAUGAACCAUCCUCGGUGUGGCCUGGGAGUGUGCACAUGCUAUGGUGCUAUUUAUGCUUUGGGAGGUUGGGUUGGAGCAGAGAUUGGCAACACAAUUGAAAGAUUUGAUCCUGAAGAAAAUAAUUGGGAUGUGGUGGGAAACAUGGCUGUGCCUCGUUACUGCUUUGGGUGUUGUGAAAUACAAGGUUUGAUUUAUGUUGUGGGUGGUAUCAGCAGUGAAGGUGUAGAGCUGCGUUCUGUUGAAGUCUAUGACCCAAUAUCUAAACGCUGGUCUGAGCUCGCUCCAAUGGGCACCCAAAGAGCAUAUCUUGGUGUAGCUGCUCUCAAUGAUUGUAUCUAUGCUGUGGGAGGCUGGAAUGAAUCUCAGGAUGCACUUGCUACUGUAGAAAGAUACUCCUUUGAAGAGGAAAAGUGGGCUGAAGUUGCAUCAAUGAAGAUACCAAGAGCUGGUGUCUGUGUUGUGGCUGUGAAUGGAUUUCUUUAUGCCUUGGGAGGACGAGCUCCCAGUCAGGAUUUUGCUGCUCCAGUAACCUCUGACUCUGUUGAAGUUUAUAAUCCUCAUAUGGACAGUUGGACUGAAAUUGCCAACAUGAUCACCAGCCGCUGUGAAGGAGGUGUAGCUGUGCUGUAAAACACAAAAGAAAACUCAGUGAAGGAAUGAGUAAAUUCAUCUCCUCAGACUUCUGGUUUCAUUGGCCAGAAACCUCUGCUAACACAGGAGCUUCAGUAGAGACAGUGGAGAAUUAAAUCAGGGCUUUUCAUGAGCAAAAGGAAGUAGUAAAACUCUUGCCCUUCAAAGUGGCUUAUCCAAUGUCUGGCUCAUAAGUAUUCUGUUAUGAGUAGGAAUGCUCCUUAUGACUGGACUGAGCUCACAAGAUUAACGGCAAACCUGCCUUGUAAAAACCUGAAGAAAUCAUUUCAGAUGAGGUACACCAAAGCUAGCUGGCCUUAGCCUGGAAGGAGGUGACUAUAGAGAGCUAGGAGCUACCUGCAGGUAAGAGCAGAUGGGCUACUUGGUUAGCAUUAGGUGCCCUUUUCUGGUGGAAAACAAGGAAGAUAACAAGGAAGACUUGGUAUGUCAACUUAAGACCUUUCUGAUCACUAACUUGGAUGGUGAGUGGCUGAGAAUUUCCUGUUCUGGGAGAUUAUUCUAAGUUCUAAUAAGGUCAUUCCACUUCAGCACAGGCUUUUCUUCUCAGUGGUAUCAGUGAUGUCAAUAGAGCUCCCAUUUAUAUAAGUUCUGAUGAAUUUUUAAAUUGAAAUGCUCUUCGUUAGAUUAGCUGCUGCUUUUAAGGCUGCUCUUAGUAUAAAAAUACAGGGAAAGCAUUUUGCCCCUUUUUAAGCUUGUUUUCCCUUACUUUAAUGUUUUACCAUGUGUGACACAUGCUGAGACUUGGCAUUGGAACACACAGUAUUCUAUGAGGUAUGGACAUUCAUCCUUGCUGCAUCUCAUAUCCUGCCUCUUCCAAAUUUGAGCAGAUAAGAGUGAUUCGUGAUGGAGUAAGCUGAAUUUGGCAUUAAGUGAGGCUAUUAGUGUGUUCUGUCUUAAGAAGUUUGUAUUUAGCUUGGAUACACUUAGGAGAACAAUACUACUAGGAGUUUGGAAUUAUUUCUAGAGUCAUUUAAUUAACAUACUUGAAGUUGCUUUUUGCACGAUGUGACAGCAUUUUCUGGAGGAUUCAGAUGGAGGCUGAAAUUAGGCUGCUUGAACUUUGAUAGACAGUGUUACUCUAGAACACAAAGCCACGACUGGAAUGUUAGUCUAGAACACAAAACAACUGGAAUGUCCCAAAACCUGCCUUGUGUGGACAAAGCAGUAUUCAUGCUGUCUGGCUCCAAGGUGAGUGUUGCAGGUACCUUAAGAAUCUUGGUCUUACAUUCUAACAGGGUUGGGAGAUUGCCAGGAUAAAACAUGAUAGACAAUGGAGCAUUUGUUUCUCUGAUCAUUCUGUAAUCUUGCGUGUGCUUUUACUUGAAGGAUUUAUGUGUGAACUAAUGUCCAUUGUCUUCUUUUUUUCCCCAAGUUUUAGCUUGU